UGUUGAUGCGCAUGGAUAGUUCAGCCCCGCGGAACCUUUCUCGCGAUUUGUUGACGACCGACGCGUUUAUAUGAUACACCCCUGCCGCUUCCCCUGAAACAAGCGAACUCAUUCAAGGGUUUGUAGCUGAAGGUCCUGUGUGAAACGUUUCAAGAUGUUUUUGACCAGAUCGGAAUAUGACAGAGGUGUGAACACAUUCUCUCCUGAAGGAAGACUGUUCCAGGUUGAAUAUGCCAUCGAGGCUAUAAAGUUGGGUUCCACAGCCAUCGGUAUCCAGACAUCAGAGGGGGUUUGUCUGGCUGUGGAGAAGAGGAUCACCUCUCCCCUGAUGGAGCCCAACAGCAUUGAGAAGAUCGUGGAGAUUGACACUCACAUUGGUUGUGCCAUGAGUGGAUUGAUAGCUGAUGCCAAGACUCUAAUCGACAAAGCAAGAGUGGAAACGCAGAACCACUGGUUCACUUACAAUGAGACGAUGACAGUGGAGAGUGUGACUCAGGCUGUGUCCAACCUGGCGCUGCAGUUUGGAGAGGAGGAUGCUGACCCUGGUGCAAUGAGUCGACCAUUCGGUGUAGCACUCCUGUUUGGGGGAGUUGAUGAAAAAGGACCUCAGCUGUACCACAUGGACCCAUCAGGAACCUUUGUGCAGUGUGAUGCCCGGGCCAUCGGCUCAGCCUCCGAGGGAGCACAGAGUUCCCUUCAAGAAGUCUACCACAAGUCCAUGACAUUAAAAGAUGCCAUCAAGUCGUCUCUCACCAUUCUGAAGCAGGUGAUGGAGGAGAAGCUCAAUGCCACCAAUAUCGAGCUGGCAACAGUAGAGCCCGGGAAGACUUUCCACAUGUAUUCCAAAGAGGAGCUGGAGGAUGUCAUCAAGGAUAUCUAGAGCAGAAAAGACUUUCAAGUCUUGGUCUGAGUCUCUCUGGACAGGAGAGGAGAGGACGUAAAAUGUCAUCUGGGCUGAAUGUCAUAACACAACCACAACUUUCCAUCAGGACGUUCUCUUCCUCACUGCAUUUGGAUUGCAAACGAGGGUUAUCUUUUGUAAUGUGCUAAUUUACUUCUUCUCUGUCACUAUCUGUACAGCCCUGUACAGGAGUCUGACCAACGCUUACAGCACACAAAGUGGAGGGGUGGGGGUGAGGGGCGGGGCUAUUUUUUGUUAUAAAUCAGUACUACAAUUAAAAUGUUGUAUUCAGGAAGUCGUCUGUAUCUUUGGUGUUUUGUGUUUCUUGUAUUAUAGACUAGUGUUAUUCAGUUAACCCUUUAAAUCCAGGGUUUAUACAAUUUUAGGUAUUAUGCUUUGUGAGAGACAAUCACAUUACCCAAUGACACACAUGGUUUAAAAGCAAUGUGCAUGAGGCCACAAGGUGUAUACAGACAGUGCAGGACCAAUUGUUUAAAUGGUGGCUUGUUUAAUAUGGCCAUAUUUUGUUUUAAUUGCAUGUUGCACUCACAUUGCUGUUACAUGUUUAUUCCCCCAAGUUAUUUAUGACCUUAUAAUUGAUCUAAUAAGGAUUAGUAAAUGGUUUAUUGAUAAUUAAAAAAUAACCAAUAGUUCAACCAUUAAACUUUGUGAAUGGUUAAGCAGAAGGUAUUACAGUACCAAACUUUCAUGACUGACUAUAAUGUAGAUGUUAGCAGAUACUCAGUGUAUCUCCUCUUGUAGAAUGGUAUUAUAUUUAAACAUAGUUAUAGUAAGAAAUAACAUCAUCAUAGGAAGACAUGAACAUUUAAAUGUCCUCCUUAUACCUAGGAACUGCAUUAAAGUGUGUCAUGUAGCAUUUAUUAAAUGUUUUCUCCUUAUGAAAGCUGACAAGGGGAACUUAAGUGUUGCCAGCCAAUGAAUCCCAUCCUUGUUCUUUUGUUCGGUUUCUUGGAAUAAUAAACUCAAAGAACUUUUUUCCCCAGUAGUAGA